AUGCACUCAACCGCGCACUCAUCUUCCAUAUCCCACACUGCACCGACUGCGCAAAUCACAGCCCUUUCGAAUAACACGCCUCUUCAGAACUGCCUUCAAUAUAGUCAAAUAAUGGCUGACGAGUGGCUGACUACGGAUGGGUCGUUUAUCGAGUACUACUAUCAGGUGUUUGAUAAUGACCGGCCCGCAGUGUACAAGUUCUACAGAGACAACUCGAUGAUGCUGUGGGACACCACUCCAUGUCACGGCGCCACAUCAAUCACCGAAAAGCUCACCGGAUUCGACGCGAUGCCGUCGAACGAUGAGGGAGGAGUCAUGGUCCUUGUCAAGGGCGUCUUGCUGAGAGAAGAGACGGAGCCUGCCAUCAAGUUUGUUCAGUCAUUCCAGCUUCUACCGGACGGCGACAGCUAUUUUAUCUUCAACGACAUUUUCCGGAUGCAUUAA